CUGAGGAAGACGGGGACUGAGAGCCUAGACUCCUGGGUCGGAGGAAGGAGGGACUGGGAGCCCGGAAUCCUGGGUCUAGGGGGACUAGACGCCUUGAGCCUUGGCUUUUGGCUGGGUUGGGGGCGCGCUGGGAGUUCAGACUCCUGGAUCUUGGAGAGGAGGCUUGGGAUAGACGUUGUCCACCCCCGCCCCCCACAGACCACACCGCCAUGCCUCCCGCUGGGCCCCGCGCUGCCCUCCUCCUCCUGCCGCCGCUGCUCCUACUGCUGCUGCGCACUGUUCUGACUGUGCCUCUGGAGCGGGGGGCGCCCAAGAAAGAGGAGAGCCCCGCGACCGAGAGCCCCGACACAGGCCUGUAUUACCACCGAUACCUCCAAGAGGUCAUCAAUGUGCUGGAGACAGAUGGGCACUUCCGUGAGAAGCUGCAGGCCGCCAAUGCCGAGGACAUCAAGAGUGGGAAGCUGAGCCGGGAACUGGACUUCGUCAGCCAUCAUGUCCGCACCAAGCUGGAUGAGCUCAAGCGGCAAGAGGUGUCGCGGCUGCGAAUGUUGCUCAAGGCCAAGAUGGACGCCGAGCAGGAGCCCAGUGAGCACGAUGUACAGGUGGACCACCUGAGCCUCCUGAAGCAGUUUGAACACCUGGACCCUCAGAAUCAGCACACGUUUGAGGCCCGGGACUUGGAACUGCUGAUCCAAACGGCUACCCGGGACCUUGCCCAGUAUGAUGCGGCCCAUCACGAAGAGUUCAAACGCUAUGAAAUGCUCAAGGAACAUGAGAGACGCCGUUAUCUGGAAUCACUGGGAGAGGAACAACGAAAGGAGGCAGAGAGGAAGCUGGAAGAGCAACAGCGCCGGCACCGGGAGCACCCCAAAGUCAAUGUGCCUGGCAGCCAAGCCCAAUUGAAGGAGGUGUGGGAGGAACUGGAUGGACUGGACCCCAACAGGUUUAACCCCAAGACCUUCUUCAUACUGCAUGAUAUCAACAGUGAUGGUGUCCUGGAUGAGCAGGAGCUAGAGGCCCUCUUCACCAAGGAGCUGGAGAAGGUGUAUGACCCAAAGAACGAGGAGGAUGACAUGCGGGAGAUGGAGGAGGAGCGGCUGCGCAUGCGGGAGCACGUGAUGAAGAAUGUGGACACCAACCAGGACCGCCUCGUAACCUUGGAGGAGUUCCUUGCAUCCACUCAGAGGAAGGAGUUUGGAGACGCUGGAGAGGGCUGGGAGACAGUGGAGAUGCACCCUGCCUACACAGAGGAGGAGCUGCGGCGUUUUGAGGAGGAGCUGGCCGCCCGCGAGGCAGAGCUGAAUGCCAAGGCCCGGCGCCUCAGCCAGGAAACGGAGGCUCUGGGGCGGUCCCAGGGCCACCUGGAGGCCCAGAAGAGAGAGCUGCAGCAGGCCGUUCUGCAAAUGGAGCAGAGGAAACAGCAGCAGCAGGCUCUCAAUGCCCCUGCCCCUGCUCCCGGCCCUGAGGGGCAGCUCAAGUUCCACCCGGACACAGGUGACGUGCCUGUCCCGGUUCCAGCUGAUGACCAGAAAGACGUAGAUGCUUCAAAAAAGAAAAUUCCUGAACACCCCCCCGAGCAGCCCCAGUUGAACUCCCAGAACCUGUGAUCCUGUGGGGGCCCAGCCAUCCAGGUCCCCACCAAGGCAGGAGCCUGCCCUCUCUGUGUCUGGCUGUCUCAGUUUUCAAGUUCACCGGAUGAGCUAAACUUAGAGAAACCCCUCCUGGUCCGAGCUGCCCUCUUAAAUGAUCUUGCCUCAGCCGCUGCAAUGUGGCUGCUCCAGCAUCCUGUGUCUCCACAGCUGCUAGAAUCCUGCCUGCUGCCCAGGGCCCAGCCUCUGUGGUUGGUGGGGGCUUCACAUGAUCCCUCAAGACCUUUCUCAUCGUUUUGGGGACCAGCGAUGCCUCCAGGACAGUGUCUUCCCCAAGAGUAGAUGCUAAGAGCCCAAGGGUCCUCCGCAUAGCUGGUCAGCUCUGAUACCUAGAACCUGGCUUUCCCCCAAGCCUCCUGGCCCCUUGCCCCACAGUCCCAGAGGGUUCUAUACCCAGAGCUGCCCCUGCCCCUCCCCGAGGUGCCCCAGGAGCAAGCCCCUUAGCCUAAGGUUGGAGGCCCUGCAAGGUCUGGCCCUCCCUGCCUUUCUGGCCUUGCCUGACACUGCUCCGUGGCCUGCUUUGGCUCUGGUUCCAUCAAAAUACACUUCCUGGAACGCGGGGAAGAAAUUCAAGGCUCUGUGUCUUUGUAUAUAUAUAUAUACUGCUCCCUCUGAAACCCCACACCCACUUCACUUGCCAAAGUUGUCCUCAUCCUUUAAGACAACUCAGGUAUCACUUUUAAGAAGCUCAAUUCUGGAAUCCUGAGUCGGCUGACUGUACAAGCACAUGCACGCAUGCAGGUCCUCAGCUGUACCUCUCUGGGUCCUGUAGGGUCUUCCCAGCCACAGGGAGAGAAAACCCAAACGUCAUUUAGUACUGCCCAAAACAAGAAGUCCCAAGGUAGAGUGGUUAAAGGGCUUUCAGGGAAACCAGUUUUCCCAUCUCCUAGCUUUGCAUAGUAGGAGUGGGGCAGCACUCUCCUCAUGGUCCCAAAGUGGCUCCAGCUGCUCCUGAGGUCACAUACCUGCAUUAGCAACCAGCAGAAGAGGCUCCAUCCUGUUCUGAGUGUCGUCAUGAGUUGGAGAAAACCUGUCCUCAGAGCCACCCUACUAGCUCUCCCCUCAUGUUCUAUUGGCCACCAGACGCCGGGGAAGGCUGUGGCUCCUCUGAGGUGGCAUGAUUCACCCUUGACCUGGGGACAGGGACACUUUCUGGACCAAAUCUGGGUCUGGUAGAAAGGAAGAGGGGAGUAUUUGUUCAAAUGAACCGAACCGAACCUGCUGCCGUUGAGUCAAUUCCGACUCAUUAGUGACACUAUAGGACAGCACGGAACUGCCCCAUACGGUUUCCAAGGAGCUCCCGGUGGACUUGAACUGCCAACCUUUUGGUUAGCAGCCAUAGCACUUAACUCCUAUGCCACCAGGGUUUCCUUGUUCAAAUGAAGUUCUAUUACAUAAGUCUAGCAGAAACACUAGAUUUUAUUUUACCUCCACACAUGUGGAACGAGACUCAAAUGGCAAUCUUGUGGCUCAACAAGAAAAUAGACAACUAUUGAUAACUCUCAGCAAACAAGGACUCAGAUAUUACUAGGACAUCACAUUAUUAACUAAUGAAACCAAAAAACCUAUUGCUGUCAAGUCGAUUCCAACUCAUAGCAACCCUGGAGGACAGAGCAGAAACUUUCUAAGGCUGUAAUCUUUAUGGAAGCAGGCUGCCCCGUCUUUCUCCUGAAGAGCAGCUGGUGGGUGGGUUCGAGGGGCCAACAUUUCAGUAAGGACCGAAGCGCUUAGCCACUGCACCACCAGGGCUCCCUAUUAACUAAUACAAUCCGUUUUUAGCACUUACCAUGUCCCAGGCAACAUUUAAACCUUCUACAUACUCUUAAAAUUAAGUUAAAAUUUACAUACAGUAAAGUUUAUCUUUUUGAGUGGACAGUUUGAGUUUUGACCAACACAUACAGUGUGGUAACCACCACCACAAUCAAAAUAGAUAUCAAUUUAUUUCACAAAACAGCUUAGGAGGGAGGUAGUACUGUUAUCCCCAUUUUACAGACAAGAAAACGGAAGCACGGGGUAGCUAAGUAGCUUGUCAAAGAUCACACAGCUACAGGAGUUAGUCUUUUUUAAAGAUAAGGAUAUUUAAAGUUUACGUACAGCCAGAAUGCUCCUUAGAAGCGAGGAUGGUGAGACUUUGCCUCACUUGCUUUGGACAUGUUAUCAGGAGGGACCAAUCAAAUCACUCGAGAAAGACACCACACUUGGUAGAGGGUCAGCGAAAAAGAGAAAGACCCUCAGUGAGAUGGGUUUACACAGUGGCUGCAACAGCGGGCUCAAACGUAGCAACAAUUGUGAGGAUGGCGCUGGACCGGGCAGCGUUUCAUUCAGUUGUACGUAGGGUCGCUGUGAGUUCAAAGGGACUUGAUGGCACCUAACAGUAGCUUCAACAUCUUUCACACAACUUAGUUGCAAUCUAAGUUCAGGGGUAGGUUUUGGGACGUGGUAUACUCUGCUCUUCUCUGCACCUUUGUGGGGAAGAGGGAACAUUUUUCCCCCCCUUAUCUGGCUGGGACAUCACCGAUGCUCAGGAGCCAUGAGUUCAAGGGUGAAUGCUAGGAUACCAUUAGUGAGCACCAAGAGAAACAAGUCACACCCUAAGAGCCCAAAAUGUACAUUACAAACCAGGAAAGGGCAGAACAGAAGUGCAGUUGAUUUGCGUUAUUGGCAGUAGUUCAAUGCUCUAUAAGGAGUCCCUGGGUGGUGCAAAUGGCUAAUGCUCUUGGCUGCUAACCAAAAGGUUGGAGGUUCGAGUCCACCCAGAGGUGCCUUAGAAGAAAGGUCUGGUGAUCUACCUCUGGAAAAUCAGCCAUUGAAAAAACCCUAUGGAGCACAGCUCUGCUUUGACACUUGCGGGUCAUGAUCUAGAAUCCACUCGACAGCAACUAUGUGUGUGUGUAUAUAUAUGUAUACACACACGGUAUAAUAACAAUUUCAUUCUCGCGACAACCCUAAUUACCAUCAUUGCCCCCAUUUUCUAGAUGAGACACAACUAAGAGAGACAGACCUAUAGCCCAAGGUCACACAGCUAGUAAGUAGCAGAGCUGGGAUUUGAACCCAGGCAGACUGGUUCCAAGUCUGUGCUCUGUUUAGAUUAGCAUACAAAAAUAUUGUUGCUGUUAGGUGCCGUGGAGUCUGUCCUGACUCAGCGACCCUGUAUACAACAGAAUGAAACACUGCCUGGUCCCGCACCAUCCUCAUAAUUGUUGUUAUGCUUGAACCCAUUGUUGCAGCCACUGUGUCAAUCCAUCUCGUUGAAGGUUGUCUUUUUUUUUUUGCUGAACCUUAUUUUACCAAACAUGAUGUCCUUCUCCAGGGACAGGCCCCUCCUGAUAACAUGUCCAAAGUACAUGAGCCGCAGCCUCACCGUCCUUGCUUCUAAGGACAUUCUGGCUGUACUUCUUCCAAGAGAGAUUUGUUCGUUCUUCUGGCAGUCCAUGGUAUAUUCAAUAUAAUUUGCCAAUACCAUGAUUCAGAGGCAUCAAUUUUUCUUCCGUCUUUCUUACUCAUCGUCCAGCUUUCCUAUGCGUAUGAGGGGUUGAAAACAAUAUUAUGCUGAGCGAAAUAAGUCAGUAGCAUAAAGACAAAUGUAUGAUUCCACAUAUAUGGAAUAUCUGGAACGGGCAAAUGCACAGAGAGCAAAGUUCAUUAGUGUUUAGCAGGGGCAGGAAGGAGGGGAAAGAAUGAAUCUCUGUUUGGGGGACACUGAGCUUCUGUUACCACCAGUUAUUAUCAACUCAGCCCCAACCCCUGGCGACCCCAUCCAUGUGUGUCAGAGGAGAACUAUGCUCAAUAGGGUUUUCUUUUUUUUUU